CAGCAGCAAGUUUAGUUGAACGGAAAGUGAAAUGGACAUGACCAUGGCUUUUCUCGAACCGCAGGCCCAACUCAGCGCUGCUCUAGAAAGGAGACAGAGUGCAGAGUUUAAAACGGCCUUGGCCAGAGGAGCACAGGCGUAUCGCCAGGACGAGCGCCACCAGAGUAUCUUUGAGAAGACGCUUUCCACCCCCGGCUGUGGGGAUUUCAUAGACGCCUGUAUUGACCACGGCUGCAACGUGAAUUAUGUCAAUAGACAUAACAACAAGGCAGCAGUUAACUACGCAGCAGAUUCGAGAGAUGCUGGAAACCUGGAGGCCUUGCUGCGCCCCCGCGGCAACUCAGCCAAGGUCCAGGUGGAUAGAAAGUAUGCCAAUCUAACACCCCUCAACUCGCUGGCCAAGAAUCUAACAGCGGACAACGCCGCAGAUGUCAGAGCCUGCAUGGAGCUCUUGCUGCUCUACGGAGCCUCCCCAAACGCGGUCGACCAGAGCGAGUUCACGCCCCUGCAUCACGUACUCCGCAACAAGAAGGUACCAAAGACUGAGCAGCAGAAACUGGUGGAGCUAUUCCUGGCCCAACCACUCCUGGACAUCGAUAGCUAUCGCAACGGCCAGGUGCGUCAGUUGCUCCAAACACAGUACCCUGGGCUACAGCUACCCGAGCCAAGCUCCGGACCAUUGGACACCGAUCAACUUCAGCGCACCUUAAGAGACUGCGACGAGGAGCAGUUCCUGCAGCAGCUAGACGAGUACAAGAAAAACCUCAGCAGCUCCGCGGAUAACCAGCGCAACACAAACCAAGAGGAGUAUCUGGCCCUGCUGGAGGAGAGCAUCAAGAGGGGCAAGCAGAAGGCAUUGGAGGCGAUCUUGGGCACUGGUGUUAACAUAAACGGCGCAGCAGGAAAACCCAAUCAGGCCAAUGUCAUAGAGGUGGCCGUGAUUUCCGGCAACUGGCAAGCUCUAGAGCGCCUUCUGAGGCAUCCGCAACUCCAUAUAACCAGCAAGUCGCGUCUCCUUAACUCCGCCAUUAGUAGGUUGGAGGAGCAACCGUACGAGGUAUACUGCGACUACGAGCGCUGCUUCAAAGUACUUUUGGCCAGCCAUCUAGUCGACAUCAACGAGACGGACAAGGGAGGCAUGACCCCACUGGCCUACGCCGUAAAAUAUCGAAACACAUGGGCUAUCAAGGAGCUGCUCCAGCAAGGCGCCUACAUCGGAGCCAAGAGCAAGUUUGGGGACUUGCCCAUUCAGGACAUUGCCCCGGAGCUGCUGCAGGAGCACUUCGACUCCUGCAUCACCACAAACGGGGAGAAGCCUGGCGAGAGUAGCUUCGAGAUCCAGAUCGAUUUCAAGAACCUGAUGCGCCAGGAGGCUAGAGAGUCCCAAGCCUUGUCCCACUCGCUGCGCGACGAAAUGACGCCCAUAGCUUAUAUAGCCAAGUCGAAGGAGCUCAGCUACCUACUGCAGCAUCCUCUGAUCUCUAGCUUCCUGUUCCUCAAGUGGCACCGGCUGUCCCUCAUCUUCUACCUGAACUUCCUGAUCUACUCGCUUUUCACUGCCUCCAUCAUAGCUUACACGCUCCUGAAGUUUCACGAGAGCGAGCAUGCCGUAUGGACAGGGUUCUUUCAAAUCCUCUCCUGGGUGGGCAUCGGAUACCUGAUUGUGCGCGAGGCCAUACAGGCGAUGAUGUCGCCAAUGGUCUACCUCAAAUCGGCCAUCAACUGGAUGGAGAUAGCCCUAAUCGUCCUGUCCAUUUGUACCUGCAUCGAAUCCACCUACGACGAGGAGACAAAGCGGGUCCUGGCAGUGAUCACCAUCCUGCUGGUUUCCAUGGAGUUCUGCCUGCUGGUGGGCUCCCUGCCAGUGCUCUCCAUCUCGACGCACAUGCUCAUGCUGCGUGCCGUCUCCAGCAGCUUCGUGAAGAGCUUCGCCCUUUACUCGAUCUUCGUGCUAACCUUCAGUCUGUGCUUCUACAUCCUGUUUGGCAAGGACAUGCCCCCGAUUCAGGACAACGCUGUCCCCCAUACCACUCCGAGUCCAGAUGCGAAUCCCAAAGAUAAGGGCGAGUUCAAUACCUUCAGCAAGCCCAUCGAGGCCCUCAUCAAGACGAUUGUGAUGCUUACCGGAGAGUUUGACGCCAGCGAAAUAAAGUUCACCAGCAUCUACACCUACCUGAUUUUCCUGCUCUUCGUCUUCUUCAUGACCAUCGUGCUGUUCAACCUCCUCAAUGGUCUGGCCGUGAGCGAUACCCAGGCAAUCAAAACCCAGGCUGAGCUGAACGGAGAAAUCUGCCGAACUAACCUGCUGACCCGCUACGAGCUUGUCCUCACCGGCCGCCAUGGACGGGCUGGGUGCCUGUCCGCCAGCCAGCCCUUUAGGAGCAUCAUCCAGCGACUGCUGAACAUCUACCCCAAUUACCUGGGACUACGCCAGAUCUCCGUGCUGCCGAACGAUGGCAACAAGGUGCUCAUACCGACGAGUUACACUUUCGAGGCUCCCUACAAUCAGGUUUCCACCAACCCCACCGCCUCUCAGAAGAAAUUGCUGGAUCCGCCACUCCAACUCCUGCCGUGCUGCUGCUCCAUGCUGACCGGAAAGUGUUCCCAGAUAGAUGCCCGCACCGUAAAGUUGGCCCUCGCCCUCAUCGACCAGAAGACCAGCACGGAGCAGAGGCGCCUGCGGGAGCAGCAGAGCGACCGGAGGCUUCAGGUCAUAGAGCAGAAGCUGGAGAGCCUGCUGCAGCUCCUGCAGGAACGGAACUGACCUCCCUUCACCAGCCUAGAGUAUUAGUUGUGACCGACGCGCAUUUCAAACAGUUUCUAAACAGGGUUUUAGUCGGAAAUUGUUUUAUUAACAUACGAAUAAUGAAAUUUGAACAAAACCCUUAAUAAUUUCAGUUAAGUAGUAUAUAAUGGUUAUAUAGACAGUAAAUAUUGUAUAAACGAAUACCUUUACUGUACCAUUUUGUACCCGAGUAAAUAUUUAAUUUCAAAUGUUA